AUGGCGCAGGGUGGGUGUGGCGAGACACGCACAGAAGGUGGUCAGUAUUGCCGAGACGGCAGCUCCACACGCCAGGGUUUCCUAAAGGCCGGCGGCCUCGCUGCUGCCGGGGUGAUCGCCGCCAUGGGAGCUGUACCCGGGACGAUCGUGGAGGGCCGGGGGAGGGCUGUUGAAAUGGUGGAAGCAGCAGUAGGAGUGGACGAACCGGCGGUAUUGCUUCAGAAGGAGGUUUUGUCCUACGUGAGGGAGGCCUUGCCCGGGUGGAGAACUCUCCCUGACGGCGACAUACAGCUGAAACAGAUCACCGGAGGUAUCACGAAUGUGAUCUUCAAGGCUCGAAACACCGCCACCGGGGAGGGAGCCCUUGUGCGCGUCUACGGCAAAGAUACCGACUUGUUGCUGGAUCGGCGAAAGGAGGCCGCGGUGUUUUCGGAGCUGUCCACCCUCGGAUUCGGGCCUCGGAAGCUUGGAGAGUUCAAGGGUGGAAGGAUUGAGGAGCUGCUGGACGCUCGGGCGGCCACCCCGGAGGAGCUGCUGCAGACCUCCCCCUUUGACGUGCCUCAGGCCAUCGCGGUUCAGCUGGCGAGCCUCCACGGGCAACGAGUCCGUUCCAGCGCCGGCUCGCCCGACAGACCCGUCAUGUGGACGAGCAUCGACAAGUGGUUGAAAACCGCCACCCGCUUGGACUCCACGAAGAGUUUCCCGCUGGCCAAGAAGCUAGCGGCUGAGAUAGCAAACGGCGUCGUCUUCGCGCACAACGAUCUACUGUCGGGUAAGCGGCGGGGACAUACAACAGAUGGCGCUCAUGACUUCACCGGUGACGCGCUCAUCGCGCCGUUUACGCGUGCGCUGGAGUGGUUCUCGUCCACGCUCGGUAACGUUCUCGUUGGUCCCCGGGGUGCGAAGAAGAUCUCCACUCUCCGGCUGAUUGACUUCGAGUACUCCGACUACAAUCCUUGCGGGUACGACAUCGCCAACCACUUCUGCGAGUGCGCCGGCUUCGAUGCCGAUUUCCGGAGGCGUUAUCCUUCCGACAAGCAGCGGCAAGCAUUCCUUAGGGCCUACGUGGAGGCGGCAAGACCUGAGGCUCUUCAAAACGCGUUGUCUGCCGACAACGUCAUUAGUGAGCUCGCGAGGCUCGUCGACCGGUACACGUUAGCUAGCCACCUAACGUGGGCCCUGUGGGCAGUGAUCCAAGCAAACACUUCGGAGAUAGAGGGCUUCGAUUUCGCGGGCUACGCCACGAAGCGGCUGGACGGGUACGCCUUCCACAAGGAGGCGUUCUACGCGUGAUGUCCCUUUCUCUUCUGCGUCUCCGAGAGGGCGGUGCCCUCAGAAUCGUGGAAAAAAACAGCGCACGUUUUUGUGUCGCUUGUUUUGAUAUGUACCGCCCUUUGCGGUAGCCACUGGGCCGAAAACGCUCAAUCUGUUGGUGUUUCAUCGGUGUUGGCUUCAUGAAUUUGUGUAGAGCCCUAGAGAGACCGCCAACGGCCACGAAAC